AUGAUUGCGGCGGCGUUUUUGGUGCUGCUGAGGCCGUACAGUAUUCAAUGCGUGCUGCUCUUAUUGCUGCUGUUGCUCGGGACUAUUGCGACGAUUUUGUUUUUCUGCUGCUGGCAUCGCAAGCUUCGUAAUGGGAAACAUCCAAUAAAAUCAGUGCUCUCCGGACGCGCCAGGAGCCGCGUGGGCCUCCGAACUCAUCAUUUUCGAUCAGAGGGCUUCAGGCACAGUCCACGUCACGCAAGAAGGAGCAUACAUGCUAGAGGGACAGAAGAAAAACCCAAUCUGGUCGAGAUUCCUGAAAGCGAACACGAUUCAUCCUCCACUCUAAGGAAACGGAAAGUGAAGAAGAGGGUCCUGCCAGAGUUUUACCAGUCUGUACAAGUCACCCCAACACGCAGACCUAGCUCCAGUUCGGGGAACCCUUCCCUGCACUGCUCCAUGUCUUCCUCGGCGGAUAUCUCAGACGAGGAUGAUUACAGUGUAAAAUCUGGGUCGGCAUCACCUGCUCCCGGGGACACUUUGCCGUGGAACCUGCCCAGGCAUGAGCGGUCCAAGAGGAAGAUCCAGGGAGGAUCCGUGCUGGACCCGGCGGAGAGAGCCGUGCUAAGGAUCGCAGAUGAAAGAGACAGAGUGCAAAAGAAGACAUUUACAAAAUGGAUAAACCAGCAUCUGCUGAAGGUACGAAAGCAUAUAAAUGACCUGUAUGAAGACCUACGAGAUGGACAUAACCUGAUCUCACUGCUGGAGGUUUUGUCUGGCGACACACUGCCAAGGGAGCGUGAUUUUCUGAAGACGUUGCGGUUGGUGAGUGGGACAGAAGCAUGUGCAGUUGAGCAGCAUGGAGACACGGUGGAUGAUGAUCAGGGGCCUCGGGAGAGAGGGAGGAUGCGCUUCCACAGACUCCAGAAUGUACAAAUAGCACUGGAUUAUUUAAAGAGGCGGCAGGUCAAACUUGUAAACAUCAGGAAUGAUGACAUCACAGACGGCAAUCCAAAACUUACCCUGGGAUUGAUCUGGACCAUAAUUCUGCACUUUCAGAUCUCAGAGAUCCAUGUGACGGGGGAGUCUGAGGACAUGACAGCCAAGGAGAGGCUGCUGUUCUGGUCCAGGCAGAUAACCGAUGGCUACGUAGGCGUACGUUGUGACAACUUCACAACCUCCUGGAGGGACGGCAGGCUCUUUAAUGCCAUCAUUCAUAAAUACAGGCCGGAUCUGAUUGACAUGAGCUAUGUGUCGACGCAGGCCAACCGAUCAAAUUUAGAGAAUGCCUUUUGUGUUGCCGAGCGGCUGGGGGUGGCCAGACUGCUGGACCCCGAGGAUGUAGAUGUUCAGUCACCCGAUGAAAAAUCUGUCAUCACAUACGUCUCAACGCUGUACGAUGCUUUCCCAAAAGUACCCGAUGGAGUGGAUGGAAUCAAUCCUAAUGAUGUUGAUAUCAAAUGGGUGGAGUACCAGAACAUGAUCAAAUACCUCAGCCAGUGGAUCAGACACAAUGUGGGCAUAAUGUCAGAUCGAUCAUUCCCAAACAACCCUGUUGAACUCAAGGCACUUUAUACACAAUAUCUCCAGUUUAAAGAACACGAAAUCCCACUGAAAGAGAACGACAAGACAAAAAUCAACAAUCUCUAUAGAAUGCUUGAGAUGUGGAUCGAGUUUGGACGUAUUCAGUUACCGCAGGGUCAUCACCCAAACGACGUGGAGAAGGAAUGGGGUAAACUUAUUGUCGCUAUGCUGGAAAGAGAGAAGAGUCUGAGGCCUGAAGUGGAAAGGCUUGAGAUGUUGCAACAGAUUGCCAACAGGGUCCAGCGGGACUGUGUCCAUGGCGAGGACAAGCUGGCACUUGCAAGAACUGCUCUGCAGUCUGAUGCAAAACGUCUCGAGUCUGGUAUUCAGUUCCUGAAUGAAGCUGAGAUUGCUGGCCACCUUUCGGAGUGUGAGAAUAUCCUCAGGCAACAAGUGGUGGACAUUCAAAUUCUUCUCGAUGGGAAAUUUCCUUUUGCAGAUCAACUUGUCCAAAGGGUGUCGAAACUCCGCGAUGAACUUGUGGCCCUGAGAGCAGAUAGUUCUUCUGUGUACAGCAAAUGUCGCACACUGACGACAGAACAAACCAAAAUGAUGAUCUCAGGCAUCACACAAAGCCUGAACUUCUCUCAGAACAUCAACCCGAGCCUGACGUCAGCCCUGACUCCCGCACUCACCCCGGGGGGGUUAGGUACCCCUGGGUCCACAUUCACCUCUAGCCUUACACCGUGCCUGACCCCCGGUCUGCAGCCCUCUUCAGUCCAGAGCUACAUGGGCAGUGGCGGUGGCAUGGACCCAGGCGGCCUCAGGCAUCUGAAAAACAUGCAGAUCCGCAAGCCCUUACUGAAAUCCUCUCUGGCAGACUCCAACAUGACAGAAGAGGAGGUCAACAUGAAGUUCCUGCUGGACCUUCUGAGCUGGGUGGAAGAGAUGAAGGUGCAGCUGGAUCGUUCAGAGUGGGGAUCUGAUUUGCCAAGUGCGGAACUGCAUUUAGAAAACCACAAAAGUGUCCACAGAGCCAUUGAAGAAUUUCAAAUGAGCCUUAAAGAUGCAAAACUUAGUGAAAUUCAGAUGACCAUCCCCAUAAAAAUAACAUAUUCAGACAAACUGAACACGCUAGAAAACCAGUAUGAAAGGCUCUUGAGCUGUUCACGAGAGCGACAGAGCCACCUGGAAAGCCUGCAUGACUUUGUGUCACACGCAACUCAGGAGCUCAUCUGGCUGAACGAGAAGGAGGAAGAGGAGGUUGCCUUUGACUGGAGCGAUCGCAACAGCAACAUAUCCAAGAAAAGAGACUACCAUGCUGAUCUGAUGAGAGAGCUGGACGAAAAGGAAGAAGUGAUCAAGUCCGUGCAGAACAAGGCAGAGCGCCUGAUGCUCAAGAACCACCCAGCCAGGCUCACUAUUGAAGCGUAUAGGGCCGCCAUGCAGACACAGUGGAGCUGGAUUUUACAGCUGUGCUCAUGCGUAGAACAGCAUCUCAAAGAGAAUGCUGUUUAUUUUGAGUUUUUCCGGGAUGCCAAAGAGUCCUUGGAUUACCUCCAGAGCCUUCAAGAUGCCAUUCAAAGAAAGUACAGCUGUGAUCGCUCAAGCAGCUUACACCGACUGGAGGAUCUCCUUCAGGAGUCCAUGGAUGAGAAAGAGCAGCUUCUUCAGUACCGCAGCACCGUGGCUGGGUUAGUGGGCAGUGCCAAGAACAUAGUGCAGCUCAGGCCCAGAAACCCUGAAAGCCCAGUGAGAUCCUCCAUCCCUGUCAGAGCCAUCUGUGACUAUCGUCAGAUAGAGAUCACCAUUUACAAAGAGGACGAGUGCGUACUGGCCAGCAACUCUCACCGGGCCAAGUGGAAAGUCAUCAACCCAGCAGGCAAUGAGGCCAUGGUGCCCUCUGUUUGUUUCACUGUGCCUCCACCCAACAAAGAGGCUGUUGACAUGGCUACAAGAACGGAACAGUUAUUCCAGAAUGUCCUGGCACUGUGGCACCAUUCCCACAUCAACAUGAAGAGCGUGGUGUCUUGGCACUACCUGGUGGCUGACAUACGUGCCAUCCGCAACUGGAAUGUGGCUUCAAUAAAGACCAUGUUACAAGGUGAGCAUCAACAGGUCUUGAGAAACCUGCAGUCCCACUGCGAGGAGUUUCUCGAAGCCAGUGAGGAGUCCGAGGUAUUCACAGUGGCCGACUGUGCCCAGCUAGAGAGAGACGUCGCAGCCUGCAAAGAGUACUAUGAGGAAUUACUCAGAUCUGCAGAAAGAGAGGAACAGGAGGAGUCGGUAUAUAAUCAUUACAUCUCAGAGAUACGCAACUUCCGAAUGCAUCUUGAGGCCUAUGAAGAACACCUUAUCAGGCAACUUCGCACACCGCUGGAGAGAGACGACCUGGAGCAGAGUCUGAAUUGCAUCACAGAACACGAGAAGAAGUCAGCAGAGCUGAAUAAACUGAAGGAGGACCUUGACGUUAUGAAAGAGAAGUGUGAGCUGUUCCUCCAACAGGCUGCAGGUUCUCCUUCAGUACCAAAACUCUCCUCUGAACUCACCGUCCUCAUCCAGAGCAUGAGCCAAGUGUACUCCAUGUCUUCCAUUUACAUGGACAAACUGAAAACAGUGAGCCUAGUGGUGAAGCACAGCCAGAGUGCAGAGGCGCUAGUGAAGGCUUAUGAAUCCAAACUCUAUGAGGAAGACGCUAUGAACUCUGACGUCAGGUCCAUUGAGGCCGUCAUUUCAACACUUAAGCAAUGGCGGACAGAGAUUGACGAGAAGCAGGAGGUUUUCCAUGACAUGGAGGAUGGGCUGCACAGAGCACGGGUGGUCGGUGACCGCAUGUUUAGGGCACAUAACGAGCGUGACUUUGAUCUGGACUGGCACAAAGAGAAAGCUGAUCAGCUGAGUGAGAGAUGGCAGAACAUUCACUCCCAGAUUGAUGGCAGGCUUAGGGACCUGGACGGCAUCAGCAAAUCUCUGAAACACUACAGAGAGUCCUACUGUAGCCUCGAUCAAUGGGUUAGAGAAAUGGAAGCAGCACAGAUAAAGGCCCAAGAAAACAAACCUGACGACAGCAAGGCCCUGUCUGAGCUGUUAAACAAACAGAAGGUUCUUGUUGGUGAAAUUGAAAAAAAGCAGAGCAGAAUUGAUGAGUGUCAGAAGUUCUCAGAGCAGUACUCAUCUGCCAUUAAGGAUUAUGAACUUCAGCUGAUGACCUUCAGAGCGAUGGUUGACUCCCAGCACAAGUCCCCUCUCAAGAAACGUAGGAUGCAGAGUUCUUCUGAUGCCAUUCAGCAGGAGUUUAUGGAUCUUCGAACCCGCUACACUGCUCUUGUAACUCUCAUGACACAGUAUGUGAAGUUUGCCAGUGAAACAUUGAAGAGAACUGAAGACGAAGAGAGAUCUGUUGAUGAGGAGAAGAGAGAGCACGGGGAUAAGGUUAGCAAACUGUUGCACUGGAUGUCCAAUGUGAAGCAGAGCCCAAGCAAUGACAGGAAUGCUCUGAAAGAUAGCAAUGCCAACACAGAUGCCUCUAAUAAGCCCCAGGUGUCAGUUGAAGAAAAGGUCACUAAGAAGGAACAAAUCGCUGAAGCCCUGAGAGCCACACAAAUGAUGCUGAACAAACACAGCGACAAAAUGACAGAGGAGGAGAGAGAAAAGGCCCAGGAGCAGCUGAAGGCGCUCAAUGAGGCCUACAAUGAACUCUCCGAUCAGACAACUUCUGCAGAAGAGGAUUUGAAACCCAGUGGUGCAAGGCUUGGGAUCGGACCCACGAGUGGCCUGAUGGAUCAGAUAACUGGGGACGCCCAACCUGCAACCUCCAACUUCUCUCAGUUGGAGCAGUAUGUCUGUCUGGACCGGGACCAAGAUCUCCUCUAUGAAUCCACGCUGGAUCACUUGCCAAGUCUGAACGAAAAGUGCGCAAACGUCUCCUCUGCUUUGCUCUCUGACAUAGCAGCAGCUAGGGAAGCGGCCACGUGUGAAGACCCGAUCAUCAAGAUGAUUGAAGUCAAAGAAGUCCACGACGGAUUGAAUGUGUGCUACACGGGGGACGCACUGACCCUGGAGAGUGCCUUUCGGUGCGGUUUAAUAUCUGCUUCUGUCUACUUAGAGAUCAUUCAGAGGCAAAAGACCAUCCAGGAUGAGAGUAAUCCCAGUGCUGCUGAAGAUGUGUCACUCUUAGAACCAGUGCAGGAAGUUAAUAGACUUAUAUUACAGUGCCUCAGCAAAGAUAAAUCACUGACAUCAGGAAGGAGCUUAAACACUUUGAGGUCUUUUUCUGAUGGCCUAAGCGAUCAGGAGACCAUGUCAGAAGAAGUAAUGAGUAAUAUUGAAGGCCUGAAGGUGGAUGCAGCCAUUCAAUGUGAUUUGAUGCGCUCUAGCAGCACACUCGUUGUGCUUGAAAAUCCGGAGCAGUUCAUGGGACUUGUGUUGCCCCGUGGGGAGAUCCCGUCAGUGUCCACCUCAUUCCAGCGUGACCAACAAAUCACCAGGGAUGAGUUCACCAGCACGGCGUUUAGUAAUCGGGAAAAGAUAGCAGCAUUUUAUAUUCCCGAAAGUUCAGAGGUGGUAGACAUCGCAUGCGCCGUACAGAACGGUUUGAUUGACACUUACACAGCAGAGAUUCUGAAAUCUGUAGAUAUUCCUGAUGUGUUUCCUGAGGUCGACCACCUUAACGAGAAGUUUUCAUCUUGGCUUAUGUACAAAAAACUCAGACUAGAUGGAUGCCAUCACGCUGCAGAUUGCUUGGAGGUCGACUGCAUCCCGACUCAUGCGGAGGCAACUCGGCUAUUCACGUCCUACCUGAGGUUGAACAGUUACCUCGAUCCCGAGUCAGGACACAGGGUCCUUAUACUUGAUAGACAGCUUAGUGAAAUGGUUCGGAUUUUUCUUGAGGAUUUAGUCAUCUUUGAGAACAAAAAUGUAACUUCAUUGACUUUAAAUGUUGGAGAGCUUUCAGAGCUGCACAUAGAUGAGGAGACAGAGGAGUUGAUGAAACACAGGCAACAAGCAUUGGAUGAACAGAAUUUUGUUUUGUCGGCCGACGGGAGAAUCCGCAUUGAUGAAAAAAUAUCUGCAGAUGAUGAGGCUCCAAAACCGGAAACUUUAGAUCAUGACCUUGGAAUGGAUACCACAGAGAGUCAUGCAGCGGAGGAAACCAUGUUUCACAACAACACAAAGUCGGAUGAUUUUCAUGAAAGUGGUCUAAACCCCUUCCAAAUGUAUGACAAAGGUUCUGAUAGUGAAGGCUUAAGUCAAAGUUUUAGUCCGACCAUAUGCUCUUCGAACCGAACCAACGAUGGCUCUCCGCCGACGAUGGUCGACUCCGAGUGUUCAAUAAAAUCCGUCCAACAAACGCUUCCACCACAAAACACUGAGUCACUUUGCCGUGAAUCAGAAGGUACAGAUAUUACCCUCGAUGACACUUUACACUCCGACUGCUUGUCGGAGGUCCAAAACGAACAAGACUGUGCUAUCAAACUUCUGAAAGCACCAAUGGGGGGACGUGAUGUUUUAGAUGACACCUGUGGUGGGCGUUGUGACCUCGAGGGAGCGCUUAGUAAGGGACUAGGUAACGUCGCAGGAGAUGAGGAGACCACAAUGGUUGUUUUAGAACAGGCCGUGUCUGAUGCCUCCAUGCGCUCUACUACUGCUCUUGGUGUCAUAGAGGAGCAACGCCUUUUCAGCAUCCGUGAGUCAUUGCAGCCCGGAUCAGUUCAAGAUGACUGUUACUGUUACCCGGAAGAAAACGUCACCCGCUCAUUCUGUGAUGAUCACCAUCAACGUUUAAAUGAUAAUAAUGAGGCUGAGAAGAAGAGUGCUGCUAAGGUUCUUGAUAUGUCUAAUGAAGAGGCUAAUAUCAAAGAUGGAGGAAGAGAAGAUGAAGAGUGUCAAACAACAGGAAAUGUAGGAGAGAUGAGUAAAUAUCUCCGUCCCACCUCCCCCUCAGUUAGCGAUCAUGACUCUCUGAUGAGCUCACACUCCUCGUGGAGUCGGUUUACUGCCGAGUGUCUUCACCUCAUUGACGAAUCGCCUUUGAUAGCUAAAGACACUGAUUCCCGAGUUGCAAUCAACAGUCAGCUGACAGAUUUGGAGGUUGUGACAGAAGACCUUGCUCCAUGCGUCAUCCAUCAGUCACGUCCAUCUAGCACUGAUAGCGCAGAAAGCCAGGGUCAAUAUUCAGUUUCUGAUAAUAACUUCAAAUCUGACAGCUCACCUAUAGAUAAAGAUUUUUUCAUCGCUCAAGUGGGAGUCAGGGAGAGUGAAUCACACAUUCUGUCAUCCCAAAGCGGCUCUGAGGGACGCUCAGCAGAGAUCGGCCCGUGUGCACUUCUGUCACCUUUGGACGGCGAGCCGACUCGGAGCGUAGAUCACGUACCACCCAGAGAUCUGCUGGGACGUGCAGUCACCUCAGAGUCCGGGGGAAACAAUGACACCACUGAGGAUGGCAGCAGAAUGACGUUACCUCAGCAGGCAGCACUUCAUUCAGAGAGUGAGGUCAGUGUUGGACCCGAGCCCCGCUGCUCUCAAAAUGGUCGCAGGAGCCUCUUUGUUUAUGAUGAAGCCGUCUCGGCCAAUGCCGGUCUCAGAGGUGGAGAUGAAGAGUGCCGCACUGAAAGCACCAGCAGAAUUUCUCUCGAAAGAAUAUUGUCUGGCAAGGAUUCCCAGCCCAGUGCUGCAGAGGAUGUGGCGUCCUGCACAGACGGCCUUUCCUCAGAGAGGCGGCGCGCGGACAGCUUCACACUCCCCACCGACACGGAGCAGAUCUCCGUCUACAGACAUGAACGGGCGGCAAGAGGUGAAGAAAAUAUUGGCGACAAUGUUUCUGCGUCAGAAAUGACCUCGGGACAGUCCGAAGCUAUUCUGGGAGCGGGUUUAGGAUCUCGUAUUGUACAGGAGGAAAAACGGUUAGCUGUGUUUGCUCCUGAGCAUCUCCAGGUAAAAAAUACAAAUUUCCUGUCAGAGAGCUGCGUUGCGUCCGAUGCUUCCUCAUCAGCGUUUUCUAAUGAUGUGCGGAGCCAUGUGGACAAAGCGGAGGGGAUUACAAAAGGGACUGAUGUCGGAGAUUUGCAAAAGGCACCGUUUCGAGACACCGAAAGCUCUAUCGCAGUAUUUUCGAACGCUCCACACCCUUUAGACGAAGGUCGCCUUCAGGAGAAUGACAGGCCUCGUGCACUUUUAGGCAGCAGUAACCCGGACCUGAAGCAAAAUGCCCUUAGUUCAAACAACAAAGACAGUGGAAACUCGCUACUCAUAAUGCAGGAAGAGGAAGUCACCAAAAAGACGGAGCAGUCCGACGCACCAAACAUCCAGCUGCAUCUGCUGCAGGUUCUUCAGACCGUUUCCUCAAGUCAAGACCUUUCAAUGCUCCAGGAGGUGGUGGACACUUUGAACAGUGCCCUGGGAGGAGACUCUCUCGGAGGGGACGCCAUGGGGGCAGACUCUCAGGAGGAGCGGUGGCACACACUGGAGAGCAUCAAGGAGGAGAGCUCAGAGGGAGAAGACGACUCGGGCCUCUGUCGCUCUGCUGCAGACAGUCAGCCGCCGUCGCCUCGGUCGUCGGGCAGCUCAGAUGUCUGCAAAGUUGAGGAGGUCAAAAAUAAGCUGUUCUCUAUCCAGGAUUUUUUGGAGUGUGUAGGGAGACUGCAGGAUCAUGCAGAUGUUUUAGAAGAUGUCAGAAAAGACCUUCUAAUCCAGGCACCCAUUGGCAACAACAUGGAAGAACUGCAGAUUCAAAAGGAGGAUUUUCAGUCUCUGGAGUCCCAAUUCACUCGAGUGGCGGAUGUUUUGACAGCGGACAUGGAGAAAGCCCGAUACCUCUUAAAUUCUGCUGAUGAGGACAUUCCCACACAGAUCCACCACGAUUUGUCCUCGACAUAUCUGGAUUUAGAGACCGAUUUUACUGCUGUUUCCCAAGUGUUUGCAGAAAGGAGUAGCUCCCUAAUUAAAGCAAUGGAAACUGGAAAGAUUAAUUUAGAGUCAACGUACCAAAAACAUCUGAGUGACCUUGAUGAACUGGCGGGCCUCGUCCAGAACAACCCAGGAAUGUGUGACGUGGAUUUAAAACCAUGUGAUGUGGACACACUGAAACAUUUCAUUCAGCAGAACAGGGACUCAGAGAGCCACCUGCUUACAGAAGCCAGGGUCAAGUUAGAGGAUGUCACGUUCGAUAUCCAAUGCUUUAUUUCGGAGCACGCUCAGUUUCUGAGUCCAGCUCAGAGCAGCUACCUCCUCAAGUUCCUGAGCACAACUCAGCGAGCGUUUAGGAGCCAGACAGAGAGGCUUGUCACUCAGAGGAGUGCCUUGGAUAAUCUCCUGGACACUAAGGAGAGGGAGAGCCAGGAGAAGUCUUUGUUGGAGAAACACAAGGACUUUGCUGAGAAGUUGGAGGAAGUGUGUGAUAAUCUCACCCUGACAGAAAACCAGCUGAUUGGUCAUCAGCAACAGGCAGGAAAUGCUGAGUGUGUCACAGACCUUCAGCAGUACCAACAGGAACACCAGGCUCUGCAAAAGGACGUGUUGACAAAUGCCAGCGCCUUGAACGACGUCAUCACCGGUACGAAAAGGUUUCUGGAGGAAAACCGGAGCAAGCUGACGCCCGAUCAAAUUGCCAUCAUCGAGGGCAAGUUGGAGGAGGCCAAAGCCAAAGCCAAAGUCAUUAACCAGCGGGCCGAGGAGUCCAGGAAGGAUUUGGAGAAGGUUGUUACCACAGCAAUCAAACAGGAGAGCGAAAAGGCAGCAGCUGUUGAGCGGCUUGAAGAAAGUAAGAACAAAAUCGAGGGUCUCCUUGACUGGAUAUCCAACAUAGGAAAUGAAAACAAGAGUGGUCUGGAUCAAACUGACCAUAUAAGUAAGGAGAAUGGAAACCUUCCAGAAGAAACCUCAGCCACUGGACUGAUUGGAGCGGAUGACGAUGCCAAUGGAAACGCUGUACGGGCCAUUGAAAAUGAUUUUGGCAGAGAAACCAGCGGGAAAAACGACACCUCCCUGCAGCUCGAUAAGCAGUAUGACAGGGUCAAGGCCCAUCACCAGGAGAUCCUGUCCCAGCAGCAGGAUCUGAUUAUGGCCACCCAGUCAGCUCAGGCUCUGCUCGACAAGCAGGCAAACGUCCUGUCACCGGAGGAGAAGGAGAAACUGCAGAAGAACAUCCAGGAGCUGAAAGGACGCUACGAGGCCUCCCUGACGCAGGCCGAACAGCAGAUGAAGCAGGUGCAGUGUGUCCAGGAGGAGCUGAAGAAGUUCCAGGGUGACUGUGAGGAGUUUGAUGGCUGGUUGGACCAGGCUGAGGUCCAGAUUGAGCAGCUGGGCGCCGCCGCCAGCUCCCUCAAUAUCUUCACUGACAAACUCCAGCGACAGAAAAGCUUCUCGGAAGAUGUGAUUUCCCACAAAGGGGACCUUCGCUUCAUCACCAUGUCUGGACAGAAAGUGCUGGACGUGGCCAACGCCUGUGGAUCGGCUGACUCUGCGACGACGGACGCUCUGUUGGAUGUUGAUACCUCAGGAGCCUGCUCUGCUGUGAAGGCCAGGCUGGAUUCAGCAGCCUGCAGAUACAAAACACUACAUUCACAGUGCAAUCAGCUCGGCAACAACCUGAAAGAUGUGGUUGAUAAAUACAAAAAAUAUGACGACUCGAGCGCUGGUCUAUUGAAGUGGCUCAACAGCUCCGAGGAGGAGGCGAGAAGUCAGCAAUCCGAGGCCAUAGCAGCUGACCCCAAAACCCUGCAGAAACAGCUGGAGGAGACCAAGGCCCUGCAAGGUCAGAUGACAGGACAUCAGACUGCCAUUGACUCACUUCGCAAAGCAGCCGAGUCUUUGUUAACAUCUGAAGGAGACCUGCUGAGCAACUCAGACGACAUCCAGGAGACAGUAGAUGACAUAGUUGAGCGCUACGAAAACCUGUCCAAGUCUGUGAGUGAUCGAAAUGAGAAACUGCAGAUCACGCUCACUCGUUCCAUGAGCGUCCAGGAUGGUCUGGAUGAGAUGAUGGGAUGGAUGGAAGGAGUGGAGGCCAGUGUGAAAGACAAAGGGCAGAUCCCCCUGGACUCUGCAUCCAUUGGAGAUAUCCUCAGCAAAGAAGUGGCAUUGGAGCAGGACAUAGCAAGUCGCCAGAGCAGCAUCACAGCAAUGAAAGCCAAGGUGGAGAAGUUUGUGGAGACGGCAGAUCCUUCUGCCGCUGCCCUUCUGCAGACCAAGAUGGAUGCUCUCUCUCAGCGCUUCUUUGAUUCUUGUAACAAGCACAAGGAAAAAGUGUGCCAGUUGGAGCAGCUGAAGGAAAAGGUGGAACAGUUUGAGACGGUUUCAGAUAAAGUUCAGCAGUUUGUCGUGAAACGUUCACAAGAUCUUCACGAGACAGACGGACCGGGGAAAACUUUCAAUGAACUUUCUCAGCUGAUUCAGAGCACAAAAGCUGAGAUGGCUGAACAUGCCGGCGAUUUGGAGAAGCUGCAGACUCUGACCGAGGAACUGUCUGAAACAAGCCCAGACGUAAACAAAGCCCAGAUCCAGAACAAGAUGGAAAAGCUCUCAAGUAUUUUCAGCACCUUCACAGACACCGUCAAUGCAAAGACAGCAGAGGUCUCAUCAUGUCAGGACCAGCUGGGAGACUUCAGAUCGGCAGCCGGCGCUCUCACCAAGUGGCUGGAGCAGACCAAUGAGAAAGUACCCGCGGUUCAGUCAAGUAGCAGCGUGAAAAGUCUGGAGAAGGACCUGCAGAUAGUCACCGUAUUACUAGAUGAGUGGACCUCCAAAGACGCUGCUGUCCAAGACCUGAAGAGUAAAGGAUUGGAGCUAUCUAGCCUCAUGACUUUCCUUACAUCCCCCGCCAAGACAAAGACUCCUAACAAGUCAGCUCUUACUAAUGGUGGUGGUCCAGCGAGCCAUUCCUACCUAACAAAUAAAGAGCUGAUGGUCAUUCAGCAGAACAUGUCAUUCGUCAGCGAGGGAUACGCGAGCCUCGGGGAGAAGCUGAAAGGCCGAGCAGGAGAGUUGAGAAGUUCGGUUCAGGAGGUCAAAGACGCCCAAGAAGAGACGAACAACAUGUUGACGUGGCUGAGGGACAUGAAAAAGACUGCAGCAUCUUGGAACUGUGCAGCCGCCGAAAAAGAUUCGGUGAAAACACAACUUGAACAGCAGAGGGCAUUUGAGGAUGAAAUGAAACAAAAGCAGGACCAGCUCCAGAAGCUCAGAGAGACGCUCCUCAACUUGAUUAAGACUCAUCCGAACUCCCCUGAGGCUGCAAAAUGGAAGCAGAUGUUGUCAGAAAUAGAUGCUGCUUGGGAGGAUAUCAGUGGCUCCGUAGAGGAGAGGAAGCAGCACCUGGAGCAGUCCAACAAGAACCUGGACAUCUUCCAGACAACUGAGCUGCAGCUUGUACAGUGGCUCUCAGAGAAAGAGCUGAUGAUGAGUGUCCUUGGACCCCUCUCGAUAGACCCGAACAUGCUGAAGAUGCAGAAACAGCAAGUGCAGAUUCUUCAGAAUGAAUUCAAGAGCCGUAAACCUCAGUAUGAGCAGUUUGAGGAAGCCGCCGCCGCCAUCCUGAGCUCCUCAGCCAACCGGGACCCCUCCAGUGGCAAGCUGGUGAGGGAGGGCCUCGCGACCGUCACCCAGAAGUGGCAGGGCCUCACAGGGCAGCUGGACCAGCGAGACGGCCAUAUCGACCAGGCCGCGGAGAAGACGGGGCAGUUUCAGGAGUUACUGAGGAGCGUCAGUCGGACCGCCGCUCGGCUGGAGACUGAGCUCGCCAACCAUCAGGGCCACAGCACCCAGCCCGAAGCCGUCAAGAAGCAGUUGGAGGGUGUCCAUGACAUCUCGGCACAGCUGAGAGAGGAGAGGAAGAGGCUGAAGGAGGCUGAGGCCAUCAACGCAGAGCUCACCGCCAUGGUGACCGAGGAUUAUCUCAAAGCAGACCUGGCCAGGCAGCUGGAGGGUGUCAGCAAGCCUUUCAAACAACUGGAGGAGAAAGCAGAAAAACGCAUCGAGCUGCUCAACUCAACCUUCGCCAGCUCACAGCAGUUCAUUCAGACCUCCAAAGACUUCCAGUCGUGGCUGGGCGAGAAGCUCCAGGACCAAUCUAAGCCCAUGACCAUCUCUGCCAAAGUGGACGUACUGCAGCAAACCCUGGAGGAGCACAGUAAACUCCAAAAGGCUCUCAGUGAACACGAGGAAGCUUAUAACACAAUCACUGGGGAGGGGGAGAUGCUUCUGCAGAACACUGACGGCGCAGAAAAGUUGGCUCUGCAAGGGCAGCUCACGACACUCUCGUCCAACUGGGAGGAGGUGAAGAAGAGUUCGGUGGAACGAGCCGAUAAGCUCCAGACUGCCCUGCAGAAAUCGCUGAAGUAUCAGGAGCACGCAGAGAAGCUCAGCUCCUGGAUUCAGGAGAUCGAAGCCAGCGAGGGCCGACUCAAACUCACUGUAGAUCCGGUCGCUGUUGAGAGCUCACUUUCUCAGCUUAAAAUUCUCCAGAAGGACGUCGACAAGCACAGAGGGAUGGCGGAGCAACUCAACGCCGACGCAGAUAGCCUUCUUGAGGUGGCCAACGCCGACACAGACGCUAUCAAGUUGGAGAAGGCUAGCAUUGGCAAAAGAGUGGACAAUGUAGUGGAAGGUCUGCAGACUAAAAGGGAGUCCCUGGAAAAGGUCUCACACACAGUUAAGGAAUUUAAUGAUGCCUGCAAAGAGGCAACGGGUCAGCUUGAGGCGGCUAAGAAGCAGAUGGAUAGCUAUGAGUCACAGGGAGUGCAGGCACACAGCAACAAGAAUUAUACCAACAUUAAGGCCCAACAUAAGAGUUUGGAGGGAGUGCAGAACCAAGUGGAGCACCUUAAGACCUUGGCCAAGGACCUUGUGAUUCAAGUCCCAGAUGCUGAUGGAGUGACAGACCUCUUACUGCAGGCUGACUGCAUGGAAAAAGACUACACCACCCUAAACAAGAAACUAGAGGACACAUGCCAAGUCCUGGAGGGUAAACUGCAAGGUAUCGGGCAGUUCCAAAACCAAAUCCGUGAGAUGUUCACCCGUUUCACAGACCUGGAUGACGAACUGGACGGCAUGGCUCCCGUAGAUCUCGACUUGGACACUCUUAAGGAACAGCAGGACAGCAUUCAGAGCUUUGUGGUAAAGCUGCAAGAGGUGAUGGCCAACACGGCCAAUGCUGGAGACAGCUGCAAGAAGAUGCUGGAGACCGAAACCUCACCUGACCUGUUAGGCCUCAAGAGAGAUCUGGAUGCACUGAGUAAGCAAUGUGGUAAACUGUUGGACAGGGCCAAAGGCAGAGAGUUACAGGUGCAGAGCACUCUCACCAAGCUGGGGGAGUUGUACACUAAACUCCACCAAGCAGAAGAGACACUUUGCAGUGCUGUGGGCAAGGAAGCAUCGCAGGAAGCAGUCGGCAUGGAAACCGACGUCAUCAACCAACAGCUGGAGGCCUUUAAGGCUUUUCAGAAAGAGGACAUUGAGCCGCUGCAGACGCAGCUUCAAGACAUCAGCUCCCUCGGUCACAGCCUGAUCCAAAAUGCUGCCAAAGGCACCAGCAUCAAGAAGCUUGAGGAUGACCUGGAGGAAGUCAACACAAAGUGGAAUACCCUCAAUAAGAAGAUUGCGGAGCGCUCGGCCCAGCUGCAUGAAGCCUUGUUGCAUUGCGGGAGGUUCCAGGAUGCUCUGGAGUCAUUGCUCAGCUGGCUGACGGACACAGAGGACCUCAUGGCCAAUCAAAAACCCCCAUCUGCAGAGUUCAAAGUCGUCAAGGCACAGAUACAAGAGCAGAAGCUCUUACAGAGACUGCUGGAUGACAGAAAGCCAACAGUGGAGCUGAUAAAAAAAGAGGGAGAGCGGGUUGCAGAACUAGCGGAGUCUGUGGAUAGAGAUAAAGUUGCAAAAGAGAUCGAAUGCCUGGGGCACCGGUGGGAGACUCUGCUCAAGAAAGCUGAAAACAGGCAAAAGCAACUGGAGGUCAUCCUCGCGGUCUCUGAGCAGUUCCACGACACACUGGAGCCCCUCAGCGAGUGGCUCGCUGCUACAGAGAAACACCUGGCCAACUCUGAACCCAUCGGCACCGAGACGUCCAAGCUGGAAGAUCAGAUUUCUCAGCAUAAGGCUUUAGAGGAGGAGAUUAUGAAUCACAGUAAAGACCUGUUACAGGCCGUCAGUCUCGGUCAGAAGCUCAAGACUGUGAGCUCGGGGGAGGAAAAGGAGUCUGUGCAGUCAAAACUGGACUCGGCCCAGGCGGGUUACAUAGAGCUCCAGGAGCGAUGCAGGAGGAAAGCCGAGAUGCUGCGGCAGGCUCUUGCAAACGCCCAGGUGUUUGGAGAGGACGAAGUGGCCCUCAUGAACUGGCUCAACGAGGUGCACUCCAGGCUGGGCGAGGUGUCUGUGGAGGACUACGAAAUAGAAGUUCUUGAAAAGCAGCUGGCAGAACAAUGGGAGCUACAAAGUGAUAUUACGUUGAGAAAGAAGAACGUGGAUCAAGCCAUAUCUAACGGGAUGGAGCUUCUCAAGCAAACCACAGGUGAUGAGGUGGUUGUCAUCCAAGGCAAACUGGACGGAAUAAAAGCAAAGUACGCAGAGAUCAACUCUUUGAGCGACAGCGUUUUGAAGACAUUGGAGCAGGUUUUAGGUCUCUCCACUAAGCUGAAGCAUACCCAUGAGGACCUUAGCUCCUGGCUGGAAAAAGUAGAGGAUGAGGUCAGCGCUUUUGCUGAUCAGCAGCCAGCAGGCGAGCAGCUCAUUCAUGCUCAAAGCAGGCAGAAGGCCUUGUUGAAGGAGAGCAAAGACAAAAAACCUGUGAUGGACAAGCUGAAUGAGUUGAGCAGCUCUCUGCUGGAUCUGAUCCCCUGGCACACGCGUGUGGGUCUGGAAAAGCUAGUGGCUGAGGAUAACGAGCGAUACGGCGCCGUGUGCGACACCUGCACCCGGCAGGUCCAACAGAUCGAUGCCGACAUACUCAAGUCCCAGCAGUUUGAGCAGGCUGCAGACGCCGAACUCUCCUGGCUGACUGAAGCCGAGAGGAAGUUGCUGUCGAUGGGAGAGAUCAGGCUGGAGCAGGACCAAACCACAGCCCAGCUCCAGGCCCAGAAGGUUUUUUCCAUGGACAUCAUGAGACACAAAGACGCUGUGGAUCACAUUGCAAAAACAGGAAGGGCCAUCAUGAACAGCAAAAACCCAGACGAGAAAGAAAUCUUGGAGGCCAGGAUCCAGACUCUCUUGGAGAAGUACAGCACAGUCAGUCAGCUGAACUCGGAGCGCUGUCUGCAGCUGGAGCGAGCCCAGUCUCUGGCCAGUCAGUUCUGGGAGACCUAUGAGGAGAUGUGGCCGUGGAUUCAGGAAACCUUGAGCGCCUUCAGCCAGCUACCGCCCCCCUCCAUCGAGUACGAAACACUCAAGCUGCAGCAAGAGGAACUCCGGCAAAUGCGGGAGCUGAUUGCAGAGCACAAGCCCCACAUCGACAAAAUGAAUAAGACCGGGCCUCAGCUUCUAGAACUGAGCCCAGCGGAGGGACUGCCCAUCCGGGAGAAGUACACAGCUACGGACCAACUUUACACCAAACUCAAGGCCGAUGUCAAGCAGAGGGCUGCUACUUUGGAUGAUUCCAUCUCCAAAUCCACGCAGUUCCAUGAUAAAAUUGACCCGAUGCUGGAAUCCCUGGAACGGAUCGCUGAACGCCUGCGGCAGCCGCCGUCCAUCUCUGUGGAGGUGGAUAAGAUCAGGGAGCAGAUUACUGAAAAUAAAGCCGUGUCUGUGGAUCUGGAGAAGCUGCAGCCCUCUUAUGAGACACUGAGGCAGCGAGGCGAGGAGAUGAUCGCACGAUCUGAAGGAUCAGACAAGGACUUGUCUGCCAAAGUUGUACAAGACAAACUGGACCAGAUGGUGUUCCUCUGGAACGACAUCCAGGCUUUGCUGGAUGAGCGGGAGGCGAAGCUGCUGGAUGUGAUGGACAUGGCCGACAAGUAUUGGUGCGACCACUGCGCCCUCAUCGUCACCAUCAAAGACAGCCAGGACCUGCUGAGAGAGCUGGAGGAGCCCGGGGUCGACCCCUCGGUUGUCAAACAGCAGCAGGAGUUUGUCGAGGGUUUUAAGGAGGAGAUCGAUGGGCUGCAGGAGGAGCUUGAUGUGGUCCAAAACCAGGGUGCAGAGCUUAUGACAGCCUGCGGGGAACCCGAUAAGCCCGUCAUAAAGAAAAGUCUAGACGAGGUGAACUCAGCAUGGGAAAAUCUCAAUAAGACUUGGAAGGAAAGAGCGGAGCGGCUGGAGGAAGCCAUGCAGGCUGCUGUGCAGUUUCAGGAUGGCCUGCAGGGUAUGUUUGACUGGGUGGAUAUUCUCGAGAGCAAACUGGAUUCAAUGUCACCUGUCGGUACGGACCUGGAAACCGUCAAGCAGCAGAUUUCAGAACUCAAGGAGUUCAAAGGAGAGGCGUACCAGCUGCAGAUCGAGAUGGAGCGGCUGAACCACCAGGCAGGCCUCCUGCUGAAGAAAGUGACGGAGGAGGCCGAUCGGUGCGCCAUUCAGGAGCCAAUGUCAGAGCUCAAAAUGCUCUGGGAAAAUCUGGAUGAGAAGAUCAUCAGCCGACAGCACAAACUGGAGGGAGGCCUUCUGGCGCUGGGCCAGUUCCAGCAUGCACUGGACGAGCUGCUGGCCUGGAUGAGCCACACUGAGGAGCUGCUCAAUGACCAGAGGAAGGCGGGAGGAGACCCCAAAGCUGUCGAGAUAGAGCUCGCCAAGCAUCACGUUCUACAGAAUGAUGUGUCGGCUCACAAGGCAACAGUGGAAACUGUCAACAAGGCCGGUAAUGAUCUGGUGGAGUCGAGUGCUGGAGAGGAAGCUUCUGGUUUGCAGAGCAAACUGGAGAACCUGAACCAGCGGUGGAAGGCCAUCCAGGAGAAGACAGGACAGAGGAAGCAACAGCUGCAGAGUGCUCUGCUUCAAGCCCAGGGUUUCCAUGGUGAGAUAGAAGAUAUGCAGCAAUGGCUGAAAGACACAGAACGUCAGCUGUUGGCAUCAAAGGCUGUGGGAGGCUUACCAGACACGGCGCGGGAGCAGCUUAACGCCCAUCUGGAGUUGUGUUCCACCUUUGAGGCGAAGGAGGAGCUGUAUCAGGAGCUGAUGAACAAGGGCCACCAGAUGCUCGCAGUAACACCCGAGGGUCCAGACAGCAACACGGAACAGGACCUCGCCAACCUGAAGGACAAGUGGGAGGCUGUGCAGGGGAAGUCCGCUGAGCGAACGGUGAAACUGGAAGAGGCCUUGACGCUGGCCACGGACUUCCACAACUCUCUGCAGGACUUCAUCAACUGGCUGACCCAAGCGGAGCAGACGCUGCACAUGGUUUCCCCUGCCUCGCUAAUACUGGACACCAUCAUGUUUCAGAUCGAUGAGCACAAGAUGUUUGUGACAGAGGUGAACUCCUACAGGGACCACAUCAUUGAACUGGACAAGACAGGAACGCAUUUGAAGUACUUUAGCCAGAAGCAGGAUGUGGUCCUGAUCAAGAACCUGCUGCUCAGCGUGCAAGGCCGCUGGGAGAAGCUGGUGCAGCGGUCUGUGGAGCGAGGUCGUUUGUUGGAUGACGCAAGGAAGAGGGCAAAACAGUUCCAUGAAAGUUGGAAUAAACUGAUGGAGUGGUUGGACGAGUCUGAGAAGACUCUGGACUCAGAAGUGGAGAUUGCAAACGAUCCAGACAAAAUCAAGACGCAGCUGGCCUUACACAAGGAAUUCCAAAAAACCGUGGGCAGCAAACACUCAGUGUAUGACACCACCUCUCGAACAGGACGGGCCCUGAAAGACAAGACCUCCCUGCAGGAUGAUAAUCAGAAGCUGGACGACAUGCUGAGUGAACUCAGGGACAAAUGGGACACUGUUUGUGGCAAGUCGGUUGAAAGACAAAACAAGCUUGAGGAGGCCCUGUUGUUCUCUGGCCAGUUUACAGAUGCUCUGCAGGCUCUCAUCGACUGGCUCUACAGAGUGGAACCCCAGCUGGCUGAGGACCAGCCCGUCCACGGAGACAUUGACCUGGUUCUCAACCUGAUAGACAACCAUAAGGUUUUCCAGAAGGAGUUGGGAAAGAGGACAGUGACCGUCCAGGCCCUCAAACGCUCGGCGAAGGAGCUGAUUGAAAGCAGCCACGAUGACUCGUCCUGGGUCAAAGCCCAGAUGCAGGAGCUGAGCACUCGCUGGGACACAGUGUGCAACCUCUCGGUGUCCAAACAGGCCCGGCUGGAGCAGGCCCUGUGUCAGGCGGAGGAGUUCCACUCCACGGUUCAUAUCCUGCUGGAGUGGCUGGCUGAGGCGGAGCAGAGUCUGCGUUUCCAUGGCAGCCUGCCUGACGACGAGGAGGCCGUGGAGACGCUUAUCGAACAACACAAGGAGUUCAUGAAGAAACUGGAGGAAAAGCGAGUGGCUCUAAAUAAAGCAACCAGUAUGGGGGAGGCUAUUCUCACCAUCUGCCAUCCAGACUCUAUCACAACCAUCAAACACUGGAACACCAUCAUUAAAGCCCGACUUGAAGAGGUGCAGGCUUGGGCCAGACAGCACCAGCAGCGACUGGCCACAGCCCUCACUGAGCUGUUAGCCACUCAGGACCUGCUGGAGAAUCUGUUGACCUGGCUUCAGUGGGCUGAGUCCAACCUGGACAAUAAGGACAAGGAGCAGCUGCCCCAGGAGCUGGAAGAGAUCAAAAGCCUCAUAGAAGAACACCAGGCAUUCAUGGAGGAAAUGACCAGGAAGCAACCGGAUGUUGACAAGAUCACCAAGACACACAAAAGGAAGGCUGCUCUGGAGCCCCCGAUCCAGUCUCACAUCCCUGUGCUCGACAAGGGAAAAACUGGCAGAAAACGUUCUCCCACACAAACAAUGUAUGCGUCAGCAACGCAACCUCCCAUUGAAACCAAGAACCCGCAGGUCAACCUCCUGGUCGCUAAGUGGCAGCACGUGUGGCUGCUGGCGUUGGACAGGCGGCGGAAACUCAACGACGCCAUGGACAGACUGGAGGAGUUAAAGGAAUUUGCCAACUUCGACUUUGACGUGUGGCGAAAGCGUUACAUGCGCUGGAUGAACCACAAAAAGUCUCGGGUCAUGGACUUCUUCCGCCGCAUUGACAAAGACCAAGAUGGCAAGGUGACCCGGCAGGAGUUCAUAGAGGGCAUCCUCUCCUCCAAAUUCCCCACCAGCCGCCUGGAGAUGAGCGCUGUGGCGGACAUAUUCGACAGAGACGGGGACGGCUACAUCGACUACUAUGAGUUUGUGGCAGCUCUCCAUCCGAACAAGGAUGCUUACAAACCGCUGACAGAUGCUGACAAAAUUGAGGAUGAGGUUACGAGACAAGUGGCAAAGUGUAAAUGCACAAAACGAUUCCAAGUGGAGCAAAUUGGUGCAAACAAAUAUCGGUUCUACCUUGGAAACCAGUUUGGUCUGGUUCACUGCUUACAUGACUCCCUAAUCGGCGAAGAGAUAAUAGCAAACAGGGAAAAUCAAAAUCUUACCCCUCACCUACACGUUGCAGUUUUGGAAAGCUGUUUUCUGUUUGGAGACUCUCAGCAGCUGCGCCUGGUACGGAUUUUACGCAGUACUGUGAUGGUGCGUGUCGGAGGAGGCUGGAUGGCUCUGGAUGAGUUCCUGGUGAAGAAUGACCCUUGUAGAGUUCAUCACCACGGAAGCAAAAUGUUGCGCUCGGAAUCAAACUCUUCAAUUACUCAGUCUCCUAUAGGUUGGCAAAUCUCAAACCUUCUCACCUUGCUCCAUGAACCCACCUGUGCUAAAGGCAGGACCAACAUGGAGCUGCGAGAGAAGUUCAUCCUCCCGGAGGGAACCACUCAGGUGAUGGCGAGCUUCCGUUACAGAGGUCGGAGAUCUCGCCCGUCAUCCAGAGGAGCUUCUCCCAACAGAUCCACCUCCAGUCAGAGCUGUGCGGUCCCAUCCGCCCCAGCAGUGACCAGUACCCCCAAGACUCCCCAACACAUAACCCGCAAUUAUGAUAAGCCCUGGCUCACAAACAGCAAACCCUCCACUCCUCUUAAAUCAUCAGACUCCUUUGGGAGCCAAGGUUCAUCCUCAGAGGGUACACCAGUUCAAGGCAGCAAAUUACGUCUUCCCGGGUACUUGUCAGGCAAAGGAUUCCAGUCGGCUGAGGAGGGAACCUUGAUCAGCGCUGCUGUACUGAAAGCUCGGACACAGACAAUAGGUGAGUCUCGGAAAAAUCUGAGCCGGCCUGGAAGUAAAGCAGGAAGCAGAGGGAGCAGUCGCAGAGGAAGUGACGCCUCUGACUUUGACAUCUCAGACAUCCAGUCUGUGUGCUCGGACGUUUCUGAAACGGUGGGCGACUCAACCAGAGCGACGUCGCGUUCCACGUCCCGUCAGCACGGCGGAAAACCCUCCAAGAUCCCCACUCCUCAGAGAAGAACCACUCCCACAAGCAAACUGGCUAAGGGGCUCAAGCGAUAGUCAAACAACCACAACCCGGGAGCGAGUUGCACCCUAAACACCUAACGGACACUGGAGACAUCUAACUUAAAAGACUGAAAAAUUGUGUUGUUAUUUAAAUCGUUGCGAAGAUGUAAAAUAUUCUGUUGUGAGGCAAUAUGGUUUAAUAUUAUGUGAGAAUGAAAUGUCAAUGGCCUUGCGUUUUUGUUUUAAUGUAUUUUACUUUUUGUGAAAUGUUUCAAAUUGUUUUAAUUGUAUUUUAUUUUAUUCUAUUGAUGAGAAAACCUGUAGAGGUUCGAUGGACACUAGAAAUCCUUGGAAUGUUGUAUGGUUAGCUAACAUUUCUAAAAACACUAAUGAAGGGCAACACGCGGGUUAGCGCUCUGAGAGUUACUGAAUGUACUGUGAUUUAUGUUUGGAGUAGAUGGUGCAUUAUGUUACCAUCGAGGCACUGCAAUUAUAAAUUGAAUUGAUAUACUGCCAACAUGCAUUUAAAGGGCAAUGCAAUAUACGUCAAUAAACCCCAGUAAGCACUGCAGAAACCUUCAAAAAACACUAUUUAAGGCAAGUAGCAGAAACAUCCUAAUCAUAAAGCUUUUAAGUCCUGUUUGUUUGUGUCAGUGCAGUCCCUCUUUGAUUUGAUCACUUCACAGCAGUGUGUGCUUGAAGGGGUGCCACUCCAUGUAGACAUUUUCCUGUGCAUCCAUGUCAAUGUAUACAAAUUGUCACUGUAACGUUACUUUGUAAUAAACCUGCUUGCAGAAAGGCACCAGAGGCUAAUGUA